AUGGCAGAUCGGGAAAACAGCACAGCACCGCAAGCUGGAGAUCCUCAAGGAGUCCCGAUAUCGUCACCCCCCGCUUCCUUUCGAAGUCGGAACUAUGGAACAUCGGUUCCCCGUGCCGAUGCGACUGCUCGAUUGGCUUCGCCAAUUCCGUCGCAUGCCUUCGGGACGUCACCUAAUAGGUCAUCGUCGCCGAGUCGAACCGAUGCGGGAAGUUUAGACAACUAUGGGCCUCUGGCGGGUGCGGGCCAGAGCCCGGCCGGUCCAGGCGUAUCUGCUCUUGCUGCAGCUCUGUCCACUGGAGCCUCGCCGCCACGGUUCGGGACUCCUCCGGCGCGGCCCCUUUCGCCAGCAGCAACGGGGUCACUUCAUCCAUCAACAACAGCGCCAACAAACUAUGGCUCGUUCGAGGCGAGGUCGAGGUUCUUACAGGGUGGUGGUACAGGAGCUUACGAAGACCCCGAAAUUGUCAAGCGGCAUCUGGUUCAACCGUCGGAUACGCCCGAGUCCACCACAGGGACAAGCAACGGCGAUAAGAUGAAAGGCAAACAAGUGAGCGAGUCCUCGCAGCCACCGCAAGAUGGCGACGAGUUCUCCAGUCUCAGGCUGCAAGGCGGAGAUAUGACGCGGAACAUAUACCGAUGGACAGAAGGGUCAGAGGGCCGCCGCGGCACGCAGCGCAGUAAGAGCUUCAGUCACGCCCGCGACGAGCCUGAGACCGAUACCCUCGACAUCAACACGAUCAAGGUUCCCGGCGGCUUCAGAAGAAACUAUAUCAGGAGAGCCGCGGAGAGCCCUUCAACGAACCCGCAGGAGCUAGAGGAGGGACAAGGCGGCAGUAGAAGGAGAUAUGAACCCCAGUUGUUCACCAACAGCUUCUUGGAGUUCUUGUCUAUCUACGGACAUUUUGCAGGUGAAGAGCUCGAGGAAGACGAUGAAGCUCUGGGGCCCGGCGAAUACUUCUCCUCUGGAGAAGAGUCAGACUACGACAGCGUCGAUUCCAGAGAGCCGAUGGAAGACAGCGCCUUAUUGACACCCUCGAAACGGAGGAGAAGACGGAAGACUCGUGGCGGCAGCGGCAAGAAUACUCCUUUCAACGCAGCGUUACUCCUUCUCAAAUCGUUCGUGGGUACCGGAGUGCUGUUCCUCCCUCGGGCGUACCUCAAUGGCGGCAUGGUCUUCAGCAACCUGAUCCUUGUGUUUGUUGCUGCGCUCAGCUACUAUUGCUUUGUGCUACUUGUAACUACGCGAUUAAAGGUCGAGGGGUCUUUUGGCGACAUUGGCGGGAUCCUAUACGGCGAGUGGAUGAGGAAGCUCAUCUUGACCUCCAUCGUCGUCAGUCAGAUUGGUUUCGUCGCUGCAUACAUCGUCUUCACCUCGGAAAACCUGCAAGCCUUCAUUCUCGCCGUCUCUAACUGCAACACGUACAUCAAGGUUGCCUGGUUGAUUCUGCUGCAGAUGGUCAUCUUCCUACCGUUCUCUCUCUUCCGAGAUAUAGGCAAGCUUGGCUUCACGGCGCUGAUCGCAGACGCAUUCAUUGUCAUUGGCCUAGCCUACCUGUUCUACUACGAUGUCCUCACCCUCAACGCCAACGGGCUCGCAGACAUUAUCCUGUUCAACCAGAAAGACUGGACGCUUUUCAUCGGGACAGCUAUCUUCACGUUCGAGGGUAUCGGCCUCAUCAUCCCUAUUCAGGAGUCGAUGAAGCAGCCGUCCAAAUUCCCCAAGGUCAUGUUUUUCGUCAUGAUCAUCAUAUCGGUUCUCUUCAUCACCAUGGGUGCGGUAUCUUACGCUGCGUACGGAUCGAAGACGGAAACCGUUGUCCUUCUCAACUUGCCCCAGGAUAGCAAAUUCGUCAAUGGCGUCCAGUUCCUGUACUCACUUGCCAUCCUUCUCUCAACCCCCUUGCAAAUCUUCCCCGCCAUCAGAAUCACGGAGAAUGCACUCUUCACACGGAGUGGGAAAUACAACCCGUACAUCAAGUGGCAGAAGAACAUGUUCCGGUUCUUCGUCGUCUUCCUUUGCGCCUUGAUUGCAUGGGCAGGCGCCGACGACCUGGACAAGUUUGUUGCGCUGGUCGGAAACUUCGCCUGCAUUCCCCUGGUAUUCAUCUACCCGCCGUUGCUCCACUACAAAGGUGUAGCGAAAACCCGAACGCGAAAGAUCUCCGAUAUUUGUCUUUGCAUAUUUGGUUUCAUCGCCAUGGCAUAUACCACCAGCUUGACCGUGAUCAGCUGGGCCAGUGGUCCUUCAGGUCCAAGUCUUCCAAAGUACUGCGAUACCGACAAUCUCUGA